AUGGCACAAAGCCCAAGGCCGACGGCAGCGAUCAAGCCGAGGGUCCCAGCAGGGGAAGGGGGGGCGGCUAAAGGGGUGAAGACGAUCCCGGGGACGUCGAUCCGCGUGUUCCGAACGGUGGAGGAGGUGCGGGCGUGGCGACGGGAGCAGCACCGACAAGGCACGACGGUGGGUCUGGUGCCGACGAUGGGGGCGCUGCACUCGGGUCAUCGGGCGCUGGUGCAGGCGGCGAUGCGGGAGAACGAGGCGGUGGUGGUGAGCGUGUACGUGAACCCAGCGCAGUUUGGUGAGCACGAGGACCUGGACAGCUAUCCGCGGACGUGGGAGGCAGACUGCGCGGCGCUGGCCGAGGAGGACGAAGCGGCGACGACGAGGCCGGACGUUGUCGGCCGCGUGGCAGCCGUAUUUGCGCCCACGACGGCCACGAUGUAUCCGUCGGGGCCGCCGAGACAAUCGGUCGACGCAGCCGGCAGUUUUGUGACGGUGACGCCGGUCGGCAGCGUGCUCGAGGGCGCCAGCCGACCGACGUUUUUCCGCGGCGUCGCCACCGUCUGCAUGAAGCUCUUUCACCUCGUCCAGCCGGACCGCGCCUACUUUGGCCAGAAGGACGUGCAGCAGACGGUCGUGAUCCGUCGCAUAGUGCGCGACUUUUGUGUUCCGCUGCACGUCGUCGUCUGUCCGACGGUGCGCGAACCGCCCGACGGCCUCGCCCUGAGUUCGCGCAACGUCUAUCUAGGACCGCGGCGCCGCGCCGUGGCAAACGUGCUGCGCCGGGCGCUGCUGGCAGCCGAGGCAGCUGUGGGAACAAAGCAUACAGGAGGGCUGUCCGGUCUGUCUCCCCCGGACAUACUCGCUGCUGCAUGGCGCGUCGCCGACGACACGCUGGCCGCCCAGAAACAGCUGCCGCCCGACCAGCGUGCCCUCUUUGAGAUCGACUACCUCUCCCUGGCCGACCCCGACACCAUGCUGGAACUCACAGGCCCCGUGGACGCGAGCCGUGGCGCGAUCCUCAGCGGAGCUGUACGCAUGCUCCCCGUGGAAGAGCCGCAGCCCGGUGAGGACCUCGGCCAUAGCGGUGGACCGCUCGUCCGGCUGAUCGACAACAUCGUGCUGGAGCCCGUGGCAGCGUAG